AUGACAAGAAUGCAGUACAAAGACGACUACAAUCGCUUCGAAACCGCAAGACAUAAAGAAGCAAUGCGAAACGAACGUCAGAAAUCGGAAGAGAGUCGCUUUCAAGCUUAUGGAGACCGACCAGGUAGUGGAGUGGAGUUGUCCACGCAUCACUGGGAAGGUGGAGAAGUGAGUGUUUUUGGAGAUUUAGUGAAGCUAUAGCC